UACGAUUGAACACGACGGACCGGAAGUUUGAGACCGCUCACGUGUGGAACAUGAAGCCUAAAAAGACGUUUAACAAUGUUUCUAAGAAAACUAAAUUCAAGCCUGGAUCCAAGAAAAGGGAGAAUAAAUGUGUAAUAAUGUUCGACGACAACGAUAGACAAGAUUAUCUCACUGGUUUCCAUAAGCGAAAGGUGGAGAGGAGGAAAGCAGCAGUGCAAGAGAUCCGAAAUAAAAUCAAAGAAGAGCAGAAAAGAGUCAGAGAACAACGACAUAAAGAAUAUAUGAAGAUGCUGAAGGAGAGGACAGACGCUCUUGAGGAGGCUGAAGACGAGCUGGAGGAUGCAGUGACCGGUACAACGGAGUCUGUGCAGUACGAUCACCCAAACCACACAGUUACCGUGACAACCAUCGAUGAUCUUGACCUCUCAGGGGCUCGCUUGCUUGGACUUGAAUCAAAGCAGGCUGACACACAGGGUGAUGAUGAAACUGAAGAUAAAGAGGAUAGGGUGGAAAAGCCUGCCAUGCCAAAGACGGCCGGGAAUCCAAUCAUGAACAAAAAGAUCCGCUCUCUUACGUCGGCGCUCAACACUUUUACCACCAAGCGGAAGAGGAAAGGGAAGCAGGAAGGCAGAGGCGGACAAGGCCGUCAAACAGACAGGAGACCCUCUGAGGGGAAGCACAAAGGAGGGAAGACCAGCAAGUUUCUGAGACGCCGACGGACCGGGAAGAAGAUUCAUCAUCAGGAGUGAAACCGCGCGAGCUGAAACCUUACGUGGAUUAGGUUGUUUUGUGGCCAACAAAGUGGACGUUUCUCUCUUGAGCAGGAUGUUUAGGAUGUGGAUGGAGCUCUUGGACCUUCUGUCAAUAGUUUCCAGAGUUACCUGCCUGUUGAAAUAUCCUGUUCACAUCUGUAUAUUUGUAACUCCUUUUGUAGCGUUUUGUAACCAUCACACAGAUUUCACUGUAUUCAACAAUGAUUAAAGGGAAUGUUGAUAUUUCAUA